AUGCCCAAGAGAAAGGCUGAGGGGCAUUUUCAAAGAGAUAAAGCCAAGAUGAAGGAUGAACCACAGAGAAGAUCCACCAAGUUAUUGGCCAAACCUACUCCUCCAAAGCCAGAGCCCAAACCUAAAAAGGACCCUGCCAAGAAGGGAGAGAAGGUACCCACAGAGAAAAAGGGAAAGACUGAUGCUGGCAAGGAUGGGAAUAACCCUGCAGAGAAUGGAGAUGCCAAAACAGACCAGGCACAGAAAGGUGAAGGUGGUGGAGAGGCCAAGUGA